AUGAAAUUCCUUCUUCAGGUUCUCGCAACAACGGCGCUAACGGUGGGUAACGCUGCCGCGCUUAAAAACGGCGUCCAACUAAGCGAAACAUUUGGCGGUCCCCAUGGCAACAAGUACUCUGACCUGGAGUUGGUUGGUCCCGGACAAACCGUGCAAGCCAUCACGAUCCGCUCUGGUGAGCGUGUCAACGGCGUUGGCCUCGAUAUCACGGAUACAUCCGGCCAGAAGGUCAAUUUGUAUCACGGUGGACGCGGAGGCGACAAGAACACACUCACGCUGGGUGCAGGUGAGUACAUUAAUGCCAUCGAGGCACACUGGGGAGAGAAAGACAGCCAUACUCGCAUCAAGUACAUCCGUUUCAACACCACUGAGGGCAAUACAAUUUCUGGCGGCAACCCCACUGAAAAUAUUGGCGUGGACACCGCUCCUGCUGGAUACCAGCUAGGCGGGUUUGUCGGAUACAGCGCCAAGGAGCUCGACUCAGUUGGUGCAAUUUGGACGAGCAUCACCCCGGUAUCGGAGGCUUAA